CGGGAGUUACGUUAUUGUAGCCGAGGAUCGCGCGGAUACCAACUCUCUUCUCUCCCGUACGCGGUGUCAUGGUGCGCCUCUCGCGCGUCGCUAUCGCCUCCUCGCAUGGCGCUUAACUAACGAAUCGCCGGCGGUGCUCGCGCGGCGUUCGUUACAUCUCGCGACUCUUGGAGACUCUGUGCCGCGGCGAUGUCGGGAGAUCGACGACAACCGUGAACCGAUAUCGAGAAGCGAUAUUCGCUGCGAACCAGUGCGGUCCAGGAGUCUACGGAGUCUGUUCCCUCGUCGAGCUCUCGGGGAGAAAUUAUGAAGACGGAAGUCGAGGACACGAGCGGCGACGGAGCGUGCGACGGCGGCAUCGGAGGAUCGAACCUCGCCUGUCCCGAGGGCACCAGCGGCCUGGUCGUCGGCCCGGAAACGUCGCCCAGCGUAAUGGAGUGCGGUGGAUGCGGCGAGCGCGUCCGAGAGCGGACCGUCCUGUGCGUGGGCGGACGUACGUGGCACUCCAGGUGCCUGAGGUGUUGCGCCUGUGCCAGGCCGUUGCACGAUCAGCACUCUUGCUUCCUGAGAGGCAUGCAGCUCUACUGCAGGCACGACUAUGCCCUAGCUUUCGGCGCAAAGUGCGCGAAAUGCAGACGCAGCGUGGGCGCCGGGGAUUGGGUGAGAAGGGCCAGGGAAAGGGUUUAUCAUCUGGCCUGCUUCGCGUGCGACGCUUGCUCGCGUCAGCUGUCGACUGGCGAGCAGUUUGCCCUCGUGGACGCCCGAUUGCUAUGCAAGGCGCACUAUCUCGACGUCGUCGAAGGCAACAAUACGUCCUCCGAUGAAGGCGGUGACUCCGAGAGUGGUCACAAGGGCGGUAACAAGGCGAAGAGAGUCAGAACGACCUUUACCGAGGAGCAGCUCUCCGUUCUACAAGCGAAUUUUCAAUUGGACAGCAAUCCCGACGGCCAGGACCUCGAAAGGAUAGCGCACGUAACCGGGCUCAGCAAGAGGGUGACGCAAGUGUGGUUCCAGAACUCGAGAGCGAGACAGAAGAAGCACCUUCACACGGGCAAGAUGAAAGGACAGCACGACAGGAAUUUUUACAGUGCAUCAGUCGCCACCAAACUCGACCGCGUCGCCCAACGAUUUCAGCCGUCACAUCAACUUACAUCUAACAUACUCGUUUCAACAUCAGCAGCAUCAUCAGCAGCAGCAGCAGCCGCAGCUUAGCCCGGCCACGUGUAAGAGUCCCACGGGCUCCAUUUAUCACAAUCACGGAUCGGAACAGUCGAUGGACGAGCUCUCGCAAGAUUCGAUGCUGCUGUCGAUGCCGAACGAGGUUUAAUGACACAUCGACAUCGUAUUGUAAAUAAACACGUAUCGAUUUAAAAGUGUCGGAGGUAAGAGAUAUACAUCUCGCGGAGAAGCAUCUCGAGCUCAAGCCCCGGUAUCGUUUCUUAUCCUCAAGGUGGAAGUUUUUAUCGUCGCGAUCUUGAGUUAUACUCGCAACGCAUAUAUCUCUCUCGGUGUUAAAUCUAUCGAUGCGAAUAUUAUUCCGUGUUUACGCGCGAAAAAAAUCGGCGAAUAUAAAUAGAGGUGCGUGCGUCUGAUAUGCGUGCACAUGUAUGUGUAUGUGCGUGAGUGUGUGCGACUUGGUCCUGUAUUUUAUGAAUCGAUCUCUCUGUCUACCUCUUGGUUGUGUUUGAUAAUUUUGUACUUGAUCUUCUCCCCCUCCCUCUCUCCCUCCGUCCUCUCUCUACCAUUUUCCUCUCGCGUUGGUGCCUGAUGAUGCAACCAGGAAGGCGACCGCUUCCAUGGACGAUAAGACGAGCGUAGGCGUAAAAGAGAGACGGAUACGCGUCACCGGAGACGUGAUUCGCGUAUCCCGUAGCAAUGCUUGAAAUGAAAGUAUCUUUCGUAGUAUCUCGAUAGUCGCCUAAAAGGAACAUUUAAUAUGAAUGUACUGUGAUGUAAAUAUUGUAAACUAAAUACAUAAAUAUAUACGAUUGCACACG